GAUAUAUAAAAUAUAAAUAAAUCCCAUUCCCAGUACACGAAGCCUUGAAGCGUCAAAACCCUCCCCCGUUAGAAUUCCGUACAUCUCUCCCCCUUUUCAAUUUCAGUGGUUGAGUUUGCGUAGGAGAGCUCCAUUGAGUCUCAUAAACAAUUGGCUCGCGAAAUUGGCGGGAACUAACGACUGAAUUUCAAUAUCCUAAGAAGUGGAGUUGGGUCUGAAUCGAAUUUUCGAAUUCCUUUUCUGAAUUUUGGUGUUUAUUUAUGGCCAACCCUUCUGGGAACCAUCAAGAACCGAGCCAUGCCUCGUCGUCUUUCAACGGCACCAACCCGACUAACGGAAACUCCACUCCCGUGUCGGCACCCGAGACCAUGGCCAUGAAGCACAACCCGGGUAUUUCUAUGGAUUGGACCGCAGAGGAGCAGGCCAUUCUUGAUGAUGGGCUCGCCAAUUAUGCAACAGAAGCUAACAUAAUCCGGUAUGCAAAGAUAGCUAUGCAGCUACAGAAUAAGACGGUUCGAGAUGUGGCAUUGCGUUGCAGAUGGAUGACUAAAAAGGAGAACAGCAAGAGAAGGAAGGAAGAACAUAAUUUAGCAAGGAAAAGCAAAGACAAAAAGGAAAGAGUAGUCGAUACUUCAGCAAAGCCAUCACACUUUACAAACCGACCCAGUGUUGCUCCCUAUACUCCUCCGAUAAUAUCUAUGGACAAUGAUGAUGGCAUCUCAUACAAAGCUAUUGGUGGGGUUACAGGCGAGCUUUUGGAGCAGAAUGCACAAGCCUUGAAUCAAAUUUCUACCAAUCUUCAAGCUUUCCAGAUACAGGAGAACAUCAACCUCUUCUGCCAGGCUCGAGAUAACAUCCUCAAAAUAAUGAAUGAUUGCAUAGCCAUUUGGAGUUGCUUGUUUUAUCUGUAUAUUCCUAGAAGUACCGUCUCGAGCAAUUACAGAUGCAAUUGCAUUGGUAUCUAUAUAUGUACUUGUCUUGCUGUCUGUGAUCCCAUUAUGUGAACAUGAAAAGGAGCUUGAAUGACAUGCCAGAUGUAAUGAAGCAGAUGCCACCACUUCCAGUGAAAGUAAAUGAAGAGCUCGUAAACCACGUCCUCCCCCCACCUGCACAUCAAAUGCAAUGAUACUUUGGCAUGUGGGCUUCUGUAUACUUCUCAAAGCAUGUCCUGCAUCCGAAUGUGGCUGGAAGUUCUCAAAUCAAUUCCUGAUCUCUGGAGAAACAAUAUGGAGUUGAUGAACCACCUUUGCCAACUCAAUUAGUGCAGGCAGUCUAAUUGUUUAUGCAGGUGUCAGUUUCGUUUUUUUUUUUUUAGUUUUUUUUUUAUAAUUUUUUUAUAUUCUUUGUGUCCUUUGUCACUUGUAUUUCAUCUUUGGUUUGAUAGUUACCUUACCUUUAUAAAGUAGGCGCUGCUUAGUGUUCUGUAGAAAGUAGGAAAUAAAAUUCCAUGUUGGUGUUGUAUUGGUGAAUGAAAGAGUAAUUGGUAGAUUUCUUCUUGUUGCAUCAUUGGUUC